GAUAUCUAAAUUGCUAUGGUUACACAUAUAGUUUUUCAACAGACGAGCUUGUUCCUCGAGGGUUUUUGGCGAAAUGGCGUCGAUUGGCGAAAUUUGAUAAUUUACUCUAACUUCGGCUUGUAUAGAAAAUGGGAUAAUUUAGCGUCAAUCAUGCCGUUCCGCAAGGCAACGAAUUACAAACGAUUCAAUGUUGGGGAAUACAUGCGCAACGAAAGAUUGGCAUGGGAAGGAAAUAUGAGCAAGCAAAAGAAAGCAAAAUGUGUGUCUAAGAAGCUUAAACGUCUUGAUGAUAAGGUAAAGAAAUUGGUGAAUGAAGUAGAAGAGUUAGAUAGCAUCAGGACAGAGUUCAUUGAAGGUGGAAGUAGGCAGGAGGAACAAGAGGAGAAAGGUUUUAGCAUAGGCAGGAAGGCAGUUGUUAGGCGAAGAAACAAACCAACUGGGCAAGGUUGUGUGGAGUCCACUGGUCGAACACGCAGGAUGGAGACAAUGUUGGCGGCUAAUGCCAUUCAUGGAGGUAGUAAGGAUGAUACAAAGCCUGGUACCAUUGGAAUGUUGGAGACAUUAGAAAAAAAGUGCAAAGUGGGUGAUAUAGUAAAAGGAUUAGAAAAGUGCAGUAAGUUUAAGAGCAAGGUUUUCCAAAAAUUUACAAAGAAGAUUUGAAGAAGUUCGAAAGAUCAGAUGAGAAUAUGUUUAGAUCGAUUGCUGUGUAUUAUAGCAAAGGAGUUAUGGGCAAAGAAAAGUAUAGAAGAGUUUAUAAGGCUAGCUCAUAUGAGCAGAUAUGUGGUAGUAAGAGGGCUAAACGUGUUAGUGUUGCUAAAUGU